UGGGCGUUGUAGUUUUUUUUGAGUAUUGCUUUCCGUUUGUCCUUCCAAAAUCUGUGCCUGUUAGCUACUCCAGACCCUAAACUCGGGUUUCUGGGUGCGUGGCAGGGUAGGCGGGUCUCUUCUUAAUCUCGGCUGCGAGAUUCAUAUUUCAUAGUGAUAGGGGGCUGGUGGGGGGCAUACCUCUUCGAUUGCUCAAAGAACAACUACCAAAGAGACCAGUAGUCCCUCUCUUUUGGGAGCCAGCGGUAGGGCGGGUUGCGUUCGCCAUGUUGGUGAAGGCAAACGAAGGGGACUGGAGCUCCAGGACUGUAGGCUCUGCUGCCCCAAGUCCGCCAUAUUAAUAAAGAGAAAGGGAAGGUUGACUACCCCCCCCCAGCUACACACACACACACACACACACACACACACACACACACAACACGCAUACACAACCCCUUCCUCGCACGCAGGUCCCACGACUCAGUUCUUUGGCCCUUCCCCUGCCACGCUUCCCCAGUCUCUGCCCGAAGGGAGCGUAGCAACCCGCACCUCAAAUCAGGCUUAAGACAGCGCCGAAUGAGGGGGAAAGGGAAAUGCCGACCAAUUGCGCCGCGGCGGGCUGUGCUACUACCUACAACAAGCACAUUAACAUCAGCUUCCACAGGUUUCCCUUGGAUCCUAAAAGAAGAAAAGAAUGGGUUCGCCUGGUUAGGCGCAAAAAUUUUGUACCAGGAAAACAUACUUUUCUUUGUUCAAAGCACUUUGAAGCAUCUUGUUUUGACCUAACAGGACAAACUCGACGACUUAAGAUGGAUGCUGUUCCAACCAUUUUUGAUUUUUGUACCCAUAUAAAGUCUAUGAAACUCAAGUCAAGGAAUGUUUUGAAGAAAAACAGUUGUACUCCAACUGGACCAGCCAGUUUAAAAUCAAACAUUACUAGUCAGCAAGUACUACUCGAACACAGUUACGCCUUUAGGAAUCCUAUGGAAGCAAAAAAGAGGAUAAUUAAACUGGAAAAGGAAAUAGCAAGCUUAAGAAGGAAAAUGAAAACUUGCCUACAGAAAGAACGCAGAGCAACUCGAAGAUGGAUCAAAGCCACCUGCUUGGUGAAGAAUCUGGAAGCAAAUAACUUAUUACCGAAGGGCACUUCGGAACACAUUUUACCAACUGCCUUAAGCAGUCUUCCUUUGGAAGAUUUCAAGAUUCUUGAACAAGAUCAAUAAGGUAAAACAUUACCAAUUCUCUAAAUCUAAAACAUACCAAGGUUACCUUCUUUUAAGAUUACCCUGUAUAGGUUUGUGGCUCAAACUUUAUUGUAUUCAAAGAUAAAGAUAUUUAAGGAAAUUGUUACAAAAGUGGGUAUUUAAUAAAGUUUUACUUGUCAUAACUUCAUUCAACUUAGAAACUCAAGUCAAGGAAUGUAACAUUACUGCAUAGUUUAUGAAGACUUGAUUACAAAAAAAUGGAAAACUUUUUAUGAAACUUAUUUGGAAGUGCCUUACAUUACAAUUCUGUACUUAAAAUUUUUGCUAGAAAAGGCUAUGUUUUUAUCUUUUUAAACUAAACUGCUUUUAAAGAACAGUCUGUGACAAGUAACGUUUUUAAUUUCUAUGAGAAAAAACCUUUUUCCCAUACCAAAGUUGGGAUAUCAUGUUCUAAAUAAGAUGCUUAGUAGGAGUUGACCAACAUGAAAUAUAAUUUUAAAACUGCUGGGGUUUGUAUUAAUUAAAUUAUUACUGUCACUGUGACUUGGAAAAAUUACAGAAAAAACCUAAAGUACAGGACAAGGUCGUUCAUUUAAACUUUCUGUAUCUUUAUAUCAGGAAAACUCAGCUAAUUGGCUCCUUCAUAGCAAAACUAGCUUUUGCAAUAGCUUGUAAAAUAUUUUUAAUGUAGUAUUUUUCAGUGGGACACACCCUUGAGUCAUCCAAGCUGUGUAAGGCCUCAAGUACCUCAGAUUAGUAAAAACUGGUAGCUAUGUUCAUCUUCUAAGAAAAUAUGCUAUGAAAUAAUGUAAAAAUUGAGAUCUUUUACUUGAAACAAAAAGAUAAAUACAUACUACAUUUUUUCUCAUAAUAAACAUAUUACAUUUCUAGUUUCAAAAGUGAUUCAUUAAUAGGCAAACAUGCUACAAAGAUCUGUGUUUGGAAUACUCCCUUGGUCCCCAUGUGUGUUGAUACUAAAACUCGUAAGCUUUCUUUUUUUCUCAUAAACCCACAAUAGAAUUAAAUUAUUAAAAAGUACUUACCAUAUUAUAUCUUCACAACUUAUAACCUAAGAUGAAAUCAAUUUAUCUUACACAUCAGCCUGCUUUUUUACCUCCUUUUUUAGUGAGAGUCAAAUAGAGCAACCAUACUGCUUAAGGGAAAUGAAAUGUAGAUUUCUCUAAAAAUACAUGUGUCUGUGAUAAAGCUAUGCGAGUGCUAAUUAUUUUACAAAACAGAUAUCAGAACUAUUCUUAGAGGUUUCACUUGAACAGUUAAAGGGUUUGCCUUAUUUUACCAGAUAACUGUUUAAUAAGAACCCUUUCCUUCAAACAGCUUUGGUCAGAUCAUAUAAAAAUUUAUUCGUGUACCGUCAGGUUAUUCAGGUCUGAUUUUGAGCUUCUGACACCACCAUAUAAAAGUAAUAUGUCCAUAAUCAUAUAUUACUGUAAAUUUUUCCCAUAAGGUAAUGGCUACUUGAUGAUUUAAAAAAGAAAAAAACUCUUUUAAAAAUAAUGUUUGCUUAGAUCCUAGUAAAACUCUUUUCACAUUAUUAGCAUCCUUUCUAAUAAUGGAAUAAGGAAUAUCUCCCAAGCAACUAGAUUCACAAUGGCAAAGGUAGGAAAAAUCUGUUUUAGUUAUCGUCAACACUUAAAUAUUUAUGAAGAUCCUUUUGUGUAUAGUGUAAACCUUUAGUCAUUUUAUCUUUAUCUUAAAUAUUGGAUAUAGCUCCUUGGAAUUGUCAUUACAUGUUUUCAGCUAUCUUUAUAUGGUUUCAGACAUAACCAUCAGCAAAUAAUUACUGACCAUUUCUAUUUUACCCCUCAAAGCAAGUUGGGCAAAUAAUCAUUUAAACGUAAAUUAUGUUUACAAUAUAAACUUUCAUGUGGUUCACCACCCUUCCACAAUACAAAACAAAAUACUCACACAGGCUGAUUCUCACCUACAAUAAUAUCUUGAUUUCUUAAUAUAACAUUUUAAAAUAACAAAAAUAAAACAUUUUAAAAUACAACAAGCUUUUGGCAAAGUUACUUAAGCUUCAUUCAUUAUUAUUGAGACCACCGAAUAAAUUACCAUUCAGUAAUUUUAUUAAUUUUUUAAAAUUUUUUUCUGUGCUCGUGGCAUGUGGAAAUGCCUGGGCCAGGGUUCAAACCUGUGCAGCAGUAGCAACCAAGCCACUGCAGUUACAACAGCGGAUCCUUAACCCACUGUGCCACAAGAAAACUCCACUUGUUUUUAUUUAUUUUUUUUUUACUUUUUAGUAAUUUUAAGGUAAAAUUUUUUGCUGUUUUUUCCAUGUCAUUUUCAUGUUACUGUUCUGAUAACAUGCUCUAGACUCUCUUUGCAUCAAUUUAUUUUACCUGUCUAUCUUAAAACUACUUUCAUUCACAGAAUCUUUUAAAAUUCUGUUUUCUGUUUUCAGUUUGUUGAUGAACUUCUAACCGUAAAACUGAUCAAAAUUGUAAUAGUUCUUUGUCCUCUGCUGGACGCAAUAGAUAUCCUCUGUUCUGCGUCUGUCAUUCAUUCUAUCUCUUAGGCACUAACAAUCCACAAAGAACCAGCCAAAGGCUAAGGACUUGAUAUACAGGUAAAUAUGAUGUGAUUUUCUGCCCGUAAGUUACUCUAAGUCUCUUGAGAGAAACAAUUAUUUAUAAUACAAUAUGAUAAAUACUAUGAAAAAAGUAUGUGUGAAGUGCUUUGGUAAAUGACGUUAAAUUCAAAUUUAAUGACAACAUGUAAACGCUAAAUCUUUUUAUAAUAGAAUACUUUUCUUUUGAAACAAAUAAAUUUCUUCUUAUAAUGAGUUAGCAAAAGAAAUUAUGUAGAAGGACAUUGGUGUUGACCUGAAUUACAUACAGUGUUUAUUUAAUGAAUUGUACAAUUUUUCCCUUUAAAAUGGACACAGAACAAAUUUGUUGUUGAUGAUAACUUGUUAAAAGGAAAACAUAACUAAAUAAAAUACUAUAUCAAAGCCAAGUAUUGGAAUUUGACAUUUAAUAACAAACCCUACUAACACAAUUUUUUAAAUAAUUUUAUUCAGAGUCUUAAAGUUAACAAAGCACUAGAGAAACCCAUUAGUUCUCUUACUUGUUCUUUACAAAUAUUCCUUGUGGUAGUUGUUAUUUCCAAUUUAUAGAUGGAGAAAUCCUUGUUAGUGUAAUUUAUUUAUUCAUUGGCACAAAGAAUACAAAUGCAAUAAUCUAGAAAGUUCUAGAUUGAACACUUCCAAAUCUUUUUCUCUGCCCUCCACAUUAUACCCCUCGGUUAAAAUACAAAUCAUUAAAAUAGGAUAAGUCAUGUGUCUCAAAAAACUAAAAUAAAAAAAUAUUGAUAGGCUAUGAAGUCAUUUGAUCUCUUCUGGGUAGACUUUAUCAUAUUGGUGGUUUUUUUAAUCUCAUUUCUCAAUUUUGGUAUACAGGAUUUUUUUUUUUCUUUUUAGGGCCACACUCUUGGCAUAUGAAGUUCCCAGGCUAGGGGUCAAAUCAGAGCUGUAGCUGCUUGCCUAGGCCACAGCCACAGCCACAUCAGAUCCGAGCCGUGUCUGUAACCUACAUUACAGUGCACGGAAAUGCCAGAUCCUUAACCCACUGAAUGAGGCCAAGGAUAAACGUGGGUCCUCAUGGAUCCUAGUCGAAUUCAUUACCAUUGAGUCACAAUGGGAACUCCCAGAAUACGGGCAAAUUUUAAUUUUGGUAUAAUAUAGAAAAUGGUUCACCUUUACACCAGAAUACAGGAUUCUUUUAGUAUUUAGCCAGUUGGAAACUUUCUACAAUUAAUGAUUUUAUAAUGUAUGUUAAACAAUUGCAUAUUGUUUUUACAAAAAAUGUGUUCUGAGUAUGUUGAUAUUAAAAACUUUUUUAAAGAAA